UAUUUUUUAAAAUCGCAUAACUUAAAUUUAUUUGAACAUUUAAAUUGAAGUUAAAAAAAUAAGAAAAGAAAGCCAAGGGUACACAAGUUGAGCUUCACUCGUGGCUAUUGCCGUAAGCUGUCUCCUUCAGUAUGCGGUGUCAUGUUCUGUGAUUUUCGGCACGCGUGCCUUCAGUGCUGUAUAUUCAACAUGUUGAAUAAUUUCGCACACAAUAAAAAAUUUGCAAACAGUGUGCGCGCCAAGCACUUCCCUUUCAUAUGAAAAUUGGGAUUUUGAAUUUGGCAAAACAGUUCAACAGUUUAAAUUCCUUAAAUUAUCCUACAUUAUUGAUAAAGUGCUUGAAGUCACUUACCAUCUCUCUCAUCCUCGCUGCUUGAAUAUGAUAUAGGAAAACAUCCUAAGUCGCUGUCGGAAUCGUGGUCGAAUCCUAGCUCUGACGAGAAUCUCGACGUUGUCGUCGCACUUGAAGACCAAUUGAUUAAACUGUUUACAGAUUCAGUGUCUUUACUAAUAGGAGUACUAGUUAUACUGAGCGCGUCGGAUUUAUCUGUUUCUGUCGGAAGUUCUUCCAAAUCACUAGAUGGUAUUGCGAAACGAUCACUCAGUGCCAAACAAGGACUACUUGUUGGUGUAAGGUCAUCUCCUGUCAAAUCACUUGUAUUUAUCUCAUCCAUUACAGGAUAACCUUUUGACUCUUUGAAAACAACAUGUUAUGUCCUAGCUUCUGCCUUUGUGAUGCGCCCAGGGUAAAGCCUAAGGAUCAAAUUACUGCCAAACUUUACCGCUGUCUUUAACACUUCUACGGCAAACUAUUGUGAUUGGCUCUCGAUUGUUUCACAUAUAGUUUCGUUGUAUCAGAUUUCACGAGCUUGCAAUCGGUUUUCGUGGUUAAACGAAUAUCCUGUUCACCUGAACAACAGUGAAUGCUAAAGCGAAAUCGAAUUAUUUAGCAUGACCUCUACUAGCAAAACCAAAACUUCCCCACGGGAACGAUCAGACAAGGCUAAGUGGUGGAUAGAUUCAGACGAUGGAAAGAUAUAUAUUUUGAGAAAGAGUGGUCGUGCGAAAUCCAAUGGAAGUAUGUUAAAUGAAAUAGUUGCUGUGCAUCCAUGUAGCACCAAACCAGAUAGACUAAAGAUUUUGUUUAAUGGUAAAGAUGAGCCAUUGCUCUUCAACCUGCAGCUAUUUGAUUUUACUGGCAACGAGUUUUCACGAACCUUCGCACCCUUUUCAAAGUCAACUAAAUCUUGGGCUGAACGCUUCAAAAUAGUUCUGUCUGGAAAAGAGAGUGAUCCUUUGCCGGAAGAAGGCUGGGAGUCUGAGGAUGAUCAAAUCCAUGUCAACGAGACUAUCAACCUAACCCCCCCAUCUACAGCCACCCCAGUGCCUGUGGCGUCAAAACGAGCUGCGCCUAAGGAAUAUCCCAGCGUCGAUCCCCUUCCUUCGGCAGUAAAAAUACAAAAGAAAAACACCGCUGAAGCCUCAAAGAAGAGUGAACGCGAGAAUGACAAAGAUUUUCUCCGCAAGCCUAAAGGAAACAAAUUUAAUAAGAGAAGAUGUCUACAAAGUUCUCAGUCAUACGCUUGUUCAGCCAAGAAAAGAGUUUCUGGUGAGACCACUGGAUCCAGGUUUUGUGAACAAACUGAAGUUCGAGAUACUGGAAAGGCCAACCAAUUUUGUAAAGCCAAUGAUUGCGAUCGUGAAGAAUGCAAAAUCGAAAUCUGAAUUUGACGAGUCUAAACUUGAUGGGUAUACCUUAGAAGUUAUUGGUGGAAACCACAGAAGAGAGGCGUUUUCCCAGUUAGAGAAAGAGGGAAAACUGGGAGAAAUGUCUCCGCUCUUGUUGCAGGUCCAGCUUUACACUGAAAUGUUACCCGAACAUGCCUUAAGAUUGGCCCAGAUGCACAACAGGGAUGACUCAGUUCACCAUAAACUCACAACAGGUGACAAAGUCACAUUGUGCAAGAACCUACUUCUGCAACAAUUUGGUGGAAAGAAGUGUCCAGAUUGGAGAAACCUUAUGUCAACCAUUAUUGGUGAAAGUGAAACGGCUCUUUCCAAUGUUUUUUUUGCAGCAAGUGAUUUGAAUGAUGCUGUUUAUGAUUCUCUGCUGAAUAUCAUGGAGAUGUAUGGGAAAAUGGAAUUGAAAAAGCAGAGGGCAUCAAAAAAAGCUUUGAAAGAAGGCACUGCAUUUUCAUGCAAGCUGGAUUUUCCUUAUAUCAAGUUAAAAUGUUUGAGAGGUGAUCUAACUCAAGAUGAAAUUCUUAACCUGCUCCAAAAACUUAUGGAAAAAGAGUUCUCUUUGCCAGAAAUGGAGUCAGAGAUCACCAGAAUGAAAGAAAUGCGAGCUUUACAAAACUACUUUGUAAAGCAAGCAGAUUGCAUUUCCUGGACCGAGGCAAAAGAAAGAUAUCCUAAUUACACAUCUGAAGAGGUUCUUCAGGGUUUUCGGGGAAGCAUUGUUCGUGGUGUACCAAAGGAAACCUUCCGACAAUUUGUUCGAAGAGCUUUGGCAGAACAGUCAGCACAAAGCCCAGGUUGUGAAGAUGAAAAAAUAAAGAUUAUUCUGAUGGAUUGCCUCACUGAGUUAACCCAUUCAUCAUUGGCUGAGAGUGUUCCAACCUUUAAUGGAGCAAGUCUUGUGUUUACAGACUUACCAAAGAAAUGGACUGCUGAUAAUAUUGGAGUUUUUACCCGUCUCAUGAAAAGUGUAAAUCUAAGAAAUGGUGUUGACAACUUCAGAUUUAUUCUAUUUCCAACUAUACAAAAUGAGGAUCUCAUGGUGCAGCAGAUACAAGCAACAUCUAUUGUUCUAAAAAGCAUGAACCUCGAGUGGCAUAUAACAUACUUUGAAAAUUCCUUACCAAACUUAAAAGGGAAGGAUAAACUCAAAAAAGUGAUCUUCCCAUUCAUUGUAAGUGGAAGUAGUUCAAUUGAAGUGGAGGCCGCAACAAAUAUAUUUAGAGUUGAUGGAGAGCCUUUGGCAAAAGAAGUGGAUAGUGGUAUAAAAUACACAAGACAAAAGCCCAUCCAGCUGUAUUGUGAGCUGAUCAAGGUUUUUUGCCACGAUAAAUCAUUGUACAUUGUUGAUGCAUGUAGUGGUGCAGGGUCAUGUGCCAUGGCCUGUUCUAAACUAGGGUUGAAGUGCAUUGUCUUAGAUAAUUCAGCACUGAAACUAAGACUUAUUAGACAAAGACUGGGGUCUAUUUAGAAAUAGUUAAUUAAUUUGGGAUUUAUAAAGUUGGGAUUUAUAAAGUUAAGUGUUAAUAUAUUUGGUUAUUUGGUUUAGCUUUGUUAAGACCACUGGGUUCUCGACAUGUCAAGGACCAGUAACAUUAGUUCUCGACAUGUCAAAGACCACUAGCUUGGUUCUCGACUUGUCGAAGACCACUAGCCCACUAGCUUGGUUCUCGACAUGUCGAAGACCACUAGCCCACUAGCUUGGUUCUCGACAUGUCGAAGACCACUAGCCCACUGGCUUGGUUCUCGACAUGUCGAAGACCACUAGCCCACUAGCUUGGUUCUCUACAUGUCGAAGACCACUAGCCCACUGGCUUGGUUCUCGACAUGUCGAAGACCACUGGCUUGAUUCUUGACAUGUUAAAGACCACUAGCUUGGUUCCACAACACCUGUAAAACGCAUGCUGCAUGUGUAUCUUAAAGUCAUUUUCAUCCAUUCUUUUAUUUUCUCCUGGAAAUCAUUGAUGGAAAUUUACAUAAUUCAUAAAU